ACCGCAAGGUACAAGGUGAUCCCAGGAAGCAAAGCAUCACAAAAACGUUCACCCUGGGGUCCACCUCUCAAGGCUGAGCUCACUGGAGUGAAGAGCAGCACCAUGUGGUUCCCAUUGGCACUGGCGAUCAUUCUGGCCGUACAUGGAUACAGAAAGGGCUCGCUGAGCGCUUCAGGGGCACUGGCCGCGUUUAUCUUUGGCUUCUCUACCAUGCACAAUCCUUCAGCCGCUUUUGGCAUCAUGCUCAUCGUCUUUUACUUGACUGGCUCACGCGCUACAAAGGUCAAAGCCGACAUCAAGUCCACUCUAGAGCUGGAGGCCGAACCUGGCUCGACGUCUCCCUCACCACAAUUAGCUAAGCACAAAUCGGCGACAGGAGGUCAGAGGGAUUUAUGGCAAGUAAUUUGCAACGCUCUAAAUGGCACGAUUGGCGCUCUGCUCUUUGCACAUCUCCACUCUGGCGCGCGGGCCUACAGCAUUGCACCACACUGGAUCAACAGCCUGAUGGGCGUCACUUCAGAGCCUUCUUUUUGCUUGCUGGAUAAUCGCAAAUCCAGCUCCGCACUUCUCGAAGAUCCACGCACUUGGAUCUUGUUCUCUCUCGGGCAUUUCUCCGCGAGUUGUGUCUCCCGUCCGACCAUGUGCGAGAUUGAAGCUGACUCGGUCUUACCAUCUUGAAUCCUCGAACGACGCGCAGUGCUGCAUGGGCGAUACUUUGGCGUCAGAGGUCAGACCCUAGAAGUGAAAGCUCGAAUUGCACAUGAAACGAGCUGCUGAACCGCUCGAAUGACCC